CUUGGUUUCACUUUGCACUUCGGAACAUCUCCGUCUUCCAUAAAGGCGCUGGUGCAGGUGCUCUGUCUCUUCGGGGGAGGAGGAUGCCAUAGGAAGGACGGGCAGAGGGGUACAAAAAAAUGAAGGAAAACGCAGAGAGAGGAGAGCACAGGAUAUGAUAUAAGCAGGGUAUCAGUCUGGAAACGGAGGAAGCUGAAUAUGAAAGAUUUAUUGAAAGGGGCACUUUGAGCUAUUAUUCCUGGUUGGCAAUAGUACUAUGAUUUGGUAUGUGGCCACUUUGAUAGCAAGUGUUUUCAGCACCCGAGGAACGGCAGCUCAAGGUGCCCACGGAGUGAGAGAGGAGCCCCAGUUUGUGACGGCCCGUGCAGGAGAGAGCGUUGUUUUGGGAUGUGACGUGAGCCACCCCCUUAACGGCCAGCAGACUCCCUAUGUUGUGGAGUGGUUCAAAUUCGGUGUGCCUAUUCCCUUCUUCAUCAACUUCCGCUUCUACCCUCCUCAUGUGGACCCUGAGUACGCCGGGAGAGCCAGCCUGCAUGGCAAAGCAUCUCUGCAGAUCGAGCAGGUGCGCUCUGAAGACCAGGGCUGGUACGAGUGCAGGGUCCUCAUGCUGGAGCAACAGUACGAUACCUUCCACAACGGCAGCUGGGUUCACCUUACAGUUAACGCGCCCCCUACGUUCUCGGACACGCCGCCGCAGUAUGUGGAGGCAAGGGAGGGUGGAAGCAUCACUCUGACCUGCACUGCCUUCGGGAACCCCAAACCGGUGGUGACCUGGCUGAGAGAGGGGGAUCAGCUGACCAGCACCCGGAAAUACACGGUGAGUGACGGCAGUCUGACGGUACAGGCCAUCACCCGGGAGGACCGAGGGGCCUACAGCUGCCGUGCCCACAGUGACCAGGGGGAGGCACUACAUACCACCCGCCUACUGGUGCAAGGUCCUCCAUACAUUGUGACACCACCUGAAAACAUCACUGUUAACAUAUCCCAGAAUGCCCAAUUCACGUGCCAAGCAGAGGCGUAUCCUGGCAACCUGACCUACACCUGGUACUGGGAGGAGGACAACGUCUACUUUAAAAAUGAUCUGAAGCUUCGUGUGCGCAUCUUCAUUGACGGAACCCUCAUUAUCUACAGAGUGAAGCCAGAGGAUGCUGGGAAAUACACCUGCAGCCCCAGUAACAGCCUGGGCAUCUCCCCCUCCGCUUCAGCUUACCUGACCGUGCAAUACCCUGCCCGUGUUGUGAACAUGCCACCUGUCAUCUAUGUCCCAAGAAAGUUGUCAGGAAUCAUUCGCUGCCCAGUGGAUGCCAACCCCCCUGUUACGUCAGUCAGAUGGGAGAAAGAUGGGUACCCCCUCAGAAUUGAGAAGUAUCCUGGAUGGAGCCAAAUGACAGAUGGAAGCAUUCGGGUGGCAGAGGUCACUGAAGACUCCCUUGGCACCUACACCUGUGUGCCUUACAAUGUCCUAGGUACCAUGGGACAGUCCCCUCCGGCCACUCUGGUGCUAAAGGACCCCCCUUACUUCAAUGUGAGGCCCGGGGGGGAGUACCGUCAGGAGGCGGGAAGAGAGCUGGUUAUCCCCUGUGCUGCUUCUGGAGACCCUGAGAUUCCAACCAUACAGUGGAGAAAGGUUGGGAAGCCCAGCAGAAGUAAACACAACCUCUUACCAAGUGGUAGCUUACAGUUUGUCUCUUUGAGCAAAGAGGAUCAUGGGGAGUGGGAAUGUGUUGCCACCAAUGUCGUAACAAGCAUCACUGCCAGCACACGCCUUUUUGUAAUAGGCACUAGUCCACAUGCGCCAACUAAUGUCCACGUGUCAGCGUCCACAAGCUCUGCUAACGUUUCCUGGGAACCUGGAUAUGACGGAGGAUUUGAACAGACGUUCUCGGUUUGGUACGGCCCGGUAAAAGUGAAGAAUGACGUAGGAACCCAUGAUUGGCUUUCCAUACCUGUGCCCGGCUCUCAGAUGUGGUUAGUGGUUCAGGGGUUGGAGCCAAAGACUGCCUAUCAAUUCAGUGUGCUGGCCCAGAACAAACUGGGCACCGGCCCCUUCAGUGAGGUAGUCACUGUGACUACAGGAGGGUACCCUAUUAGUACCCCUGAACCACUGGUGCUUCUAACUCCACCACGGUGCCUCACAGCCAACCGGACACAGCAGGGUGUAUUGUUAACAUGGCUUCCUCCAGCCAAUCACACUUCACCAAUUGACCGAUACGUCAUCGAAUUUCGUCUUGGAGAAAAGUGGGAGGUUCUGGAUGACUUGAUUCCUGCCACUGAGACUGAGAUUAUAGCAAGAGAUCUUAUUCAGGACUCUUGGUAUGAAUUCCGAGCACUAGCUAUAAUGGAUGAUCUUGUCAGUGAGAGCAGUAAUGUGGUGGGAGUGUCAAGCACAGACCCCUUCCCUCCCACAGAGAUCUCAGACGAAGGGCUGGCCAAGCCAGUAGUGGCCGGCAUCGUGGCCACCAUCUGUUUCUUGGCAGCUGCCAUCCUCUUCAGCACGCUUGCUGCAUGUUUCGUCAACAAGCAACAUCGUCGCAAGCUCAAACGCAAGCGAGACCCACCACUAUCGAUUACGCACACAAGGAAAAGCAUCGAAUCUCCGCCUCCUCUUACCCCCUUGCCUGGCAUUGAGCCCUACUGGGAAGAGCCAGACAGGAGCAGCUACAGGCCCCCAUCCACCAGCCCUCAGCUUUCCUCUGGGAAGAUCAGUCCUGAGAGCAUCGCUUCAUCCCGGCCCCCAUCUCUGGCCAGUGUGGGUGGUCAUGGUCUUUACGUUAAGAAGUUGCCAAGCCCCAGGAAAGAGAAAGAGCUUUCCCUCUAUAAGAAAACCAAGAGAGCAAUAACCAGUAAGAAGUACAGCGUGUCCAAGCACGAGGCUGAGGUCACCACGCCCAUCGAGCUGAUCAGCCGUGGACCUGAUGGCCGAUUCGUCAUGGACCCCAAUGACAUCGACUCAUCCCUCAAGCCCAGACGCAUUGAGGGUUUUCCUUUUGUGGAGGAAUCAGACUUGUAUCCUGAGUUCCGCCAAUCAGAUGAGGAGAAUGAUGACCCAGGGCCCCUACCCCCAGUCAUGGCCACCCUCAGGCCCCAGAUUUCCCCUGUGUCCUCCAGCCAGGAGUCCUACAUGCAGCCCCCAGCCUACAGUCCCCGGUUCCAGAGGCCAAUGGAAGGUAUGAGCAUCUCGGAGGGUAGUCGGCUUCAGGCCACAGGGCAGAGCCGGGUCUCCCAUUUUCACAGGGUCUUCCCUCCAGGCCCCUUCUAUGGCUAUAUAGGUAGUGGUGCUGAAGUGGAGCUUCACCCUCCGUUUUACAUGCCUGAUGUUAGCCCACGUAGCUCUGCCAUGUCCUCCUCACCUUCAUACCCCCCUGAGGGGCCGUUUCGCCAUCCCACCAUCCCAGAGGAGAGGGAGGAGCUGAGGAUCCAUCAGUAUGGUGCCUCCGGCCACGCCCUCCCUCUGGUGCAUAGCCCUCCCUCCUCUCGCUCGACCGAGAUCUGGCAGCCUCCUGAUUUCCCCUUUCUGGGUCAGGAGGGUCCCCGUCUCGCACUUCCACCUCGUCAUUCCUCAUAUCUCCACCGGGACCUCCCCGAGCCCCCACCAUACCCCUCCCAUAGUCGCACAGUUAGCACCACCUCUCAGCUCCCUUCAAGCUCUGCUUUCCUCCAGCUGGAGGCCCCUAGAACCCACCUGAGCAGAUCUCCCGGCAGGUUCCCGCCUCAGGGCCCUUCAGCCAAGCAUAUAACUAUGCAACAGGCCCAGACUCUGGGGCAGUUGAGACACACUGCCCAUGGUAUGGGUGUACCAGUGUUGCCUUACUCAGGCGCCACGACCCGCAUGGGGAGCCCAAGCACACUGCACAGUGAGAGCUCGGACGGCUGGAGGUCUGAGGCCCAGCCUUGGAUGAGCCCCAGGGCAGCUCGAAAGAUGGAUCUCGGCCUGCAGCAAGUGGUCCUGCAGCCGUCACGACUCUCCCCUCUGACCCAGACACCUCCUAGCUCACAUGCCGGCUCUCCAGACAUUCUCGUCCGCCCUCCUCCCCGCCCCAGCAUCCUGCGGUCUUCCCGCUCUCAAGAGAUGCCCGAGAGUGCCCGUCACCCUGCCAGUGUCUCCUUCUCCCGAAGGUCUCUCUCCUCUUCCCCUGCCACUUCACCUACCCAAGGCCAGAGCGGCCAACGGCCAAGCCUCAGCUACCGUGCCCACAUGGCCUUUGCCACAGCCGCGGCCAGCUACCCCUCCCAGUCCCCUUCACCCCCUGCGGAGAGCAGUGAUGCUUUCGGCCAGAUGCCAUCUCAGAGAAGGACAGAUGAGGAGAUGCUCCCCUCAGAACCCUCUCCAGGGGAGCAUCUAGGUGCAGUCAGAGUCCCUGCAGGGUCUGAGAGUUUUGAAGCACUGAUUAAUUAUUGUAUUAAUAAAGCCAAGAAAUCAUCAGCCAACAAGAACAACAACUCCAGAUUCAAGAAAAGGACAGAUAUGUCCACCUCUCAGACCCAGCAGCCUCAUGCAUCUCAGGCCUCUGUGCAAAGAGAACAUCUCAGCUCUCCCUCAAAGAAAAAGUGGAAAAGUACACUUAGAAAGCACCCCUGUCUCCAUCUGUCCUCUCUGCUGCGUUGGCUUCACCCGAGAGAAGACAGAAAAUUCCUCCUGGCCAGUAUGGACCCUGUCUCUUCAAACUAUGGAUCUCUCCUCUGAGAGACCCUCAGACUUAUCUAGUGGGGCAGAUCAUCUUCUUGUCCAUUCGCAAAAAUGUACAAUGGACAAGCUCUCAGUACUGUUUUAUAAUCAGUCGAAACUAGAUAUGAUUUAUUAUGUUCUUCAGUUGGCACAAUAUACUACACAUAUCUGUAUUUUCUGUAAAUUUACAAAAAGGAAAAACGUACCGGGGUACUCCUUUAGAAGACACAGAAAAGAACAGGACAAAAGCUUUUUGUUUACUAAUAAAAGAAAAUAGCAUUCCAUUACAUGCUAGGAAAAAAAAUUGCUGGCUACUUUUUUGUCAAAACAUUGUCAGAACUGUGUAUAUUGUGAAGGAUAGAGUUAAAUGCUCUGUGUAAAUAUGUCUCUUAAGACGUGAUAGUUACUACAGGGUUUCUUUUCUUCCUUCUACAUAAUAUACCUCAAAAAAGAGAGAGAAAAGGAAUAAAUAUUUGAAAAAAAAAUAUUUCAGCACUUCUACCAUAUUUUGUGCAAGCUAGCAAAUGUCAGUUUGGAUGACAUAUGUUGUAUCCGUUGUUGCAAAGCUUUGACGACAUUACAGAACCUGAGGGAAGCCCAAAAAUAAUUUAUUUGUUAAAAAAUAUUAACCACGAAGAAUAAAGCACAGAAUAUCAUGGAAAUUGUAAGCUUGAAAAGAAUGGCUGCCAUAUUAGACCGGUCCUGCAUCAGUGUUUGAACUUUUUUUGAAUUUUCUGCAGAUGCAACCAAAAACACGCUUUAUUUAUUUUUCAACUAAUUGAUUUUAUUUUUGACAAAAAAUUUGGGACAGCUUUAAGGCACUUUUUAUAUGCGGUCGAUGGUAAAAUUAGUCCCAGCUGAAAAAAAUUUUUUUUUGAAAUGACAUAAAUGUAGUAUUUCAAUUGAAGUAGAAUUAUUUGGUCCUUGUCUUGCACAAAUGUAGUUAGAAGUGGUGAAAUGCAAUAUUAAUCUUUCUGUCACUUCCUUGAAGUAAAAUUUGUUACGUGUUGCUUUUGACAAACAGUAAACAAAGGAAGUACAGUAGAUAUUGUGCAGACUAACGAAGACAUCAACAUAACAUAGGUAGGUAGGUGAAAUAGUCCAUAUUCUAAUCAGUGAAAAAAGACCUACAAAAGUGAACCUCAAAAAGUAGCUUGACCUUUUCUGAAAACAACUGUAUUGUAAUCUUUACUACUUGUCAUCCAUCACAGCUCAUCUGAAGACAUAGCAAAGUUUGUGUUAUUUGAAUUAAUGAUGAGUUUAGUAUUUCCUGAAGGAUGUUUAUCGUCUCUAGAGUUCACUAACAGCUGCUGAUCUGCUACCUACAGUGAAAGCUAAUCGAGCGUGUGCUAGUUUAGUUUAACCGAUGGUGAAUGUAUGAUUUGCUCUUAGAAGAUCAGAUUUAUCUGACUAUUUUCAAUGUGAUGUUUUUUCUCUUAGAGCUUGUUUACUUGCCAAUGCGAUCAACUCCAAAAUGAAUCUUCUUCUCCAGAUGAAAAUUAUUAAGUGAAUGACAUCUCAUGCAGUACUUGAAUAAGGCUGGAAGCACGAAACACUGGGAUUGAAUUUCUGUGUAUAAAGAUUUGUAGUAGCCAUUUUGAGUUUGGAUAAGAGUUGACUUGAGUGCCCAAAGGGCUGUUUACUUUGUCUUAUCUUUCCCUCCUUUAUUUUAAGCUAUCAUCGACAUGAAAAUGAACGCUCAAACAUCUCACAGUAGCUAUUUGAGCUAUUCAGCAGACUCCAUUGCUAAUUUCUAUGUACGUCUUCGUCAUAACUAAUGUUCUUGUUUCAAAUCAUAAGGCUGCUUUAAUGGUGUAGUCUCUGAAAGGAAAAGGGGCAGUGUUUAUUUUUAGAUAUUCUUACUUACCUGCCUUGAUUUAGCUGUCAGGAGAGAAGUGAUAAACCUAGACAUAACUCUGUUUUUUGCUACGUGUCUUGUCAAGAACUCAUAAGUCCUACAACAACCACAUAAUGUUUACAUGAUCUAGAAAUAUAACGUGCAAAGAUGUAGGCACAUUGUACACAUUAUGACUUGGUGCUAUGUCUUUUUGAACUCGUGGUGCUGUGGUUCAGAGGUUAACACACAAACUCACGCACAGUCCUCUGUCUUUAACUAACCUUACUUAGCUCCGUCGUGAUUUCCGUUGUCAAGUUUUCCUUGUGAGUAGGACCGCAAGCAAUAAAACCUCUCUCACGUGGCAGGUCCUAUCUUUCAGUACGAAAAGGUGUUAAAUACAGUUCGGCUUUGACAUUCAGUGUGUGCUUACGUUAUCGCGUGAACGCGUUUGCUGCCUCCAUGAAUAAAAAAAAAAAGCCCGCGUAUUUAGAACUAGCCAGUUUUGAGGAGGCAGCAUAUCAAUGUAAAAUCCAUGAAAUGUACACACGGUAUAGUAGUAAGUUUUUCGUUUAGCAUGGAAAGAGCCUGAUAACUCAAGCAGGUGGCGGUCUGACGCGACAUUUCUGUUAUUUAGUGUUUUUCUUGGACAAGUGGAGCGAUGCAUCCUCACAUAAAGCUGUCAGGCUGAAUAAGCUGGAGGUCGCGGUAUAUCUGUGGAUGGUGAUUGACGGCAUUUUAUUCAGCUCCUCUGUUCUUGGAAGGGAGAACCCGACUAGACUGAAAAAAGCUUCUCUUGGUAUUGAAUAUAUAUAUGAUACUGUACAGGUAGACACGCCCCCUUUUUGCUUCUAUAAGAGAGGGCUCAUUUGCAGGAAGUGUCAUAUCAACUUUUUGAUUGCCUGUAAUCAGUUUUGUGCUUACUACUUCUUAUGGUGCUUCGUGAAACUUUAUUUUCCUUGAUUUGUUAAUUGAACAGAACUAACCUUACAUAAUCAAGAUCACUCUUUCGGACCUGUCUGUCUCGUUUCAGAUAAUGUAGGCCUACAACUUUUUUGUUCUUGAUUUUUUUGCUGUUCAUAUUAACCAGCACUGAAAACCUAGAAUGUAAUACUGCAUUAUGCACUAAUUUACGACUGUUUUAACAUUAAACCUCAUACUUAGAGCUUAUUGGAAGCAUAUUUCAAAUUGCAUUUUUGUGUGCUUUUGAAUUUGUGUUGUAUAUUGUUUACAGAUUCUGAUUUAAUGAUGUGUUCUGGGCAAACAUUGUUCUUUCUUUCUGAUCAUCCUAUACAAGAAAUGUUUUAGAGACUGUUCUUGUGUGAAGAAGAAGAAGAAAAAAAUCACUAAUUAUUUGUUCUUUUCUUUGAGAUGUAUUUGAUUGACUGAUUGAAUGAUUGAUCAGAGGCUUCUUUUGUUAAGUAAUCUCAUUUAUUUCAGGUAUUAUUCUUAAAAAGUAUGGUGCUGUACCAAAGCCUUAUGUACAAUAUUAUUAUGAUGUAAUGUUUGAUUCUUCUGCCACUGCUAAGGAAUUCUCCAAGAAAUUGCUAGACAACUCUGAUUAUCAAACAAGGUGCAGUGUGCCUCAAUAUCUUCUCGUCCUUGAUUAGUACAGAACAGUAUUUUUUCAUGGGCGUUCUCCACAUACUCAGAUCUUAAGAUAUGGUGCCUGGAGUGUCUUCAUGCUGCUAGGAGUAAAUGUUAACGAUGUUUCGUAUCUGUACUACCAACUUAUGACAUUGACCUCCACAAUAACUCAGCUGGACACUUUGAUUCAGCAUCUUGAUUUUAAAAGGGAACAACCCUGCAGUAAGCAAUGGCAUUUUUAAAGAAUAAAGGAUAUUGCAUUGUUAUAUUAUUUUUAUUCUAUUGUUUUGAUCAUUAUUUUCUUGCAUUAUUUUCUAGGAUAAGACCCUAAUCAAAAAGAAUAUGCUACCCUGACAAAUGAAUUGUCCUUGAGAGUUACAUCAGUACCAGACCUGGGAAUGAAACAUAGAGUGUUAAAUGUGUGUAUGUGUGUGUAUGUCUGCGUGCUGUCUUCAACAGCCCAAUUGAAGUUCUGUAUAGUGGAGCCGUUCAAUUUGCAUUGUUUACAUCACCAGAUGCCCAGAUAUGCACAUUUUGGCAAGCUCUAUUAGGUUGACAUUUUCCAACGCUUUGGUCCAUGUAAUAACCCCGUAAAACUUUUUGUAUUUUGAUAUAAUAAAAAAAUAUAUGAGAGUG